CUGUUUUAGACCCCCAGAGGCAUGCCCAGGAACCCCCGAAUACAUCCCCGACGUAUCAUCAGCGACUUCGAAGAUGGAUGACAAAGGUGCCGGCUUAUUCAAAGAAUUGGAAGAAACCUAUUGCCCACCCCUCGACGCAGCCUUGUUCACCGCGAUCGUCUGCGACUAUGACCUCUCCGACGCGACUCAGAUCCAGGACCUCCGAGAUACCCUCGAUACCCUGAAGCUGUCUGCAUGGGAACAGGAGGGACUUCCCUUCGAUCCCUCCGGGACGAGCGGCUUGGGAUCGGUGGAAGGCCUCGACGCGGACGGGAUCCCGUCGGAGCGCAGCGUGUCGCAAAACGGCACCAAUCCGUCGCGCGAAACCGAUGUGACCAGCCUCGUCUCCGACUUUUCGUCAACCAGCCUGAAUGGGAAGAGCAAGAGUCAGAGGAAUGAUCGGUCGGGACUGUCCGAUCGCGUGGCAUACACGGUUGCUGCCGAUGGCUCUCUACGUCUGUCGGGAGCGACGCAAGAAGACAAGAUUGAUUAUUUAACGGAAAUGUUCCCCUCGGCGGACGACUUCACCAUACAGCAUACUUUGCAAAAGUCUAGUGGGGAUGUAGAUCGGUCAAUGGAUGUUCUGCUCAAUCUGGUCUUUUUCGACGAGCAACCGUCAAACGAGAACGACCCCAAGGUGGCGGUUCCGAAAGGCAUCGACGGGUUUCAGGACGGCGUAGAUGCCGACAUAUCGCGCAAAAAGGGUCGCAAACGCAAAGGCAAGAACAAAGCCACCAGGAGCCAAGAAAUGUCUGCUUUUGAUUCGGAAGACUUGGAGUCGCCCCGCCCCGUCAACAAAUGGGAUUCCGCCCAGAAGGACGUGGACUUCAUCCAUUCUCGGACCUCUCCGAUUCUCAAGAAAGAAGCAGUGGCGUCUGCUUACCAUGCCAACGGAGCUUCGUUGCCGAUCACUAUUCGGUCUCUCGCCGGCGCUUAUGCCCCGGCGAAGGAGGAAGAGAUCAAUCGAGACCCGGUUACGUUGGCCCAGGUGGCCGAACUGAUCCAGGAGUUUCCGUCCAUCCCACCAACAACAUUUGCCGGUCUUCUCGCAAUCACUAGGAGCUCAACCUCGGCCGCCAGUGAACUAGCCGAUGCGAUGCUCACCGGACCAGUCACCCCAUCGGUAUCGGAAUUGAUCAAGAUCACCGCGGCGCCACUGCCUCUCGACCCGGACGACGAAACGCCAGCGCAGCGAAAAGCCGCAGCGCGAAUCGCUCGAGACUACACGACGGUACGGAGCUCUGCCGGGGUUCAUUUCGCAGCCGGCGCAGAAGCUCUCUCGAAAGCCUCGAUGGCGUAUAGACGCGGCAAGUCGGAUCGACUUAUGGGUGGAGCGGCUGCCUACUAUUCCGCCGUGGGACGAGACCAUCUCGAGCGGGCGAAGCGCAAUGCCGCGGAUGCCGCCGACGCCUUGGUAGACUCGCAGUCGACGUCUAACAUGCUGGAUCUGCACGGCGUCUCGGUCCAGGAUGCGGUUCGCAUCGCCAGUGAGCGAGUCGGCGACUGGUGGGAUUCCCUGGGGGAUGCCAGGUACGUGCGAGGGGGCAGCGAUUCGAUCGGCGGAGGAUAUCGCAUUGUCACCGGAGUUGGGCGCCACAGCCACGACGGCACCUCGCGCCUGGGGCCAGCGGUGGGCAAGAUGCUGGCUCGAGAAGGCUGGAGGGUGGAAGUCGGGGAGGGCGUUUUGACCGUGACGGGGGUGGUGCGACGACGUUGA